AUGAUUGGCGAACGGACUCUCAUGGGUUGGCCAUUCCUGCAGGAAGGAUCGGUUGUGGCGGUCUCUGAUUCAUUGUUUAAGUACGAGAAGAUGACAGUCGUGCCUGGGACACCGGCCAAGGUCAUCUCAAACCCACACGCGCCACAAGGAUUGGGCCAUUGGAAGAUGAAGGCCGAUCAUAUCGAGCAGGUUUACUCUAAACGAUCAGGAGUCAUUACACGCACUGUUGACAUCUCCUACAUGUCCUCCUCUAAAAGGCCUGAAACGAUUGGAGCCUGGUGCCUUUGUGAAGGACUGUGA